AUGGUUGCAAUCGCUCGGACAAAAUCUUGUCAACCAAUUGAAUCGCACCCAUCCGUACGUAUCCUUACCCUUUACUCCAACUCCAACUAUUCACCCCUACUUAUUCCGCCUCCUUAUUUCGUCUCCUUUCUUCUUAUUCCGCCCAGUACCAGAAUCGGUAGAAUCUCCGUCGCCAUUAAUGGCGACUUUCUCCUUCUCCGUCUCUUCCACUUCUCCUCCUCCUCCCUCUUCCUCGCUGCCCCUCAAAGACGACCCGUCGAACCCUACCACCGCUCUCCGCCGCCCCACCUCCUCCUCCUCGUCCCCUUGUUCUUCUUCUUCCUCCCGAGCUCCCUCCGCCAUUAUCUUCAGCUUCCUCGUCCUCGCCACCUCCGUAUCCCGCCGCCGCCGCCGCCGCAGCGGACAUUGGCGCGGCCCCUCGCGAAGCUCCCCCGCCCCGUCGUGAUCCUCGUCUCCUCCGACGGGUUCCGCUUCGGGUACCAGCACAAGGCCCCCAACCCCAACCUCCACCGCCUCAUCGCCAAUGGCACCGAGGCCGACGAGGGCCUCAUCCCCGUGUACCCCACCCUCACCUUCCCCAACCACUACUCCAUCGUCACCGGGCUCUACCCCGCCUACCACGGCAUCAUCAACAACCGCUUCGUCGACCCCGUCUCCGGCGAGCUCUUCACCAUGGCCAGCCACGAGCCGCAUUGGUGGCUCGGCGCGCCGCUCUGGGAGGCCGCCGCCGACCAGGGCCUCCGCGCCGCCACCUUCUUCUGGCCCGGAUCCGAGGUGCGCAAAGGCUCCUGGGAUUGCCCCCCUCGCUAUUGCCAACACUACGAUGGCUCCGUCCCCUUCGAGCAGCGCGUCGACACCGUGUUGGGCUACUUCGAUCUCCCGGCCGAUGAGAUCCCCGUGUUUAUCACCCUCUACUUUGAGGACCCGGAUUACCAGGGCCACCAAGUUGGCCCCGACGAUCCCCAGAUCACCGCCGCGGUCGCCCGGAUUGAUCAAAUGUUGGGCCGGUUGAUCGACGGGCUCGAGAAAAGAGGGGUCUUUGAGGAUGUCACUGUAAUUCUAGUCGGGGAUCAUGGAAUGGUGGGGACUUGCGAUAAAAAACUGAUCUUUCUCGACGAUCUAUCGCCCUGGAUCGAAAUCCCGCACGAUUGGGUCCAAUCGACUACUCCGGUGCUUGCAAUCCGGCCUCCUGAGGGUGUUUCUACUGUUGAAGUUGUGGCCAAAAUGAAUGAGGGGUUGAGUUCGGGGAAAGUCGAAAAUGGGAAUUAUCUUAAGAUGUUUCUGAAAGAAAAACUGCCAGAGCGGCUUCAUUAUUCGGAGAGUUAUAGGAUCCCGCCGAUUAUAGGGAUUUUGGAAGAAGGGUAUAAGGUGGAGAUGAAGAGGUCGAAGAGUAGAGAAUGCGGAGGAGCUCACGGUUAUGAUAAUGCAUUCUCAUCGAUGAGGACCAUUUUUAUGGCUCACGGGCCUCAGUUUGAGAGGGGAAGGAAAGUGCCGUCAUUCGAGAAUGUGGAGAUAUAUAAUGUGAUCACUACCAUUCUUAAGUUAAAGGGAGCACCGAAUAACGGAUCUUCAGCAUUUCCCGCUUCAAUUCUAUUGUCAAGUUCCUGACUUGUGAUGUGGUGAAGUUGGAUUGGGAAUAAACUUCUUGCUUUUUGUGGAAAUUAAUACUGGUAUAAUUGUGGAUCUCAAUUAUUGUCGUGAAUAAUGGCCCAUUCUACUUAUCUCAAGCAGGGCCUUGCGACGUAUAGUUAGAGCUCGGUUUCAAACAACAUUUGUUUAAUCACUGCAAUUGCCAAUAAGCUGAAUUUGGCGACUUCUAUCAUUUGAGUUCAGCACAGAGAGGUUCUUGGUCCAUCUAGUUCUAUUUUGCUUUUUGUCUUCUUAUUUGAGGAAUGCUGUUUCUUUAAAUUUAUGAAAUGCUUUUCAGGUAAAUUACAAAUGUAAAUGUUCACUCUGAUUCUUCUGCAACUUUUGAUAUGACAUAUAUACACAUUCCUUAAUGCUA